GUUUUUUAGAUAAAUUUCCAACAUGUCCGUCUGUAUUUGUUUCUCUCCUCAAUACAAACAAUUAUAAUCAUUCGAACAUGGUUUAGCAAUUAUUAAACAGUUGUGAUUGUACAUAUAAUAAAUAAAGCAGAGAGAUGUUUGUACCACCUUUGGUUCUCCUAAAAUUGGAACGCUUCUUUGCCUGAAAUUGCCAUUGGGAGUAAUCAGUAUGACCACAGCUGAGAAACUGAAGGCAUUGUUUGAGGACCUUGGUAAACCUACAUUGCGUGGGGUUCGUAAGUGCCCUAAAUGUGGGACAUACAAUGGCACACGUGGGAUCAGUUGCAAAAACAAAGCUUGUGAUGUUGUUUUUAAAGAAAAGGAAAGAAAGCGUGGCCACAGUGCCGAUGCGGUUCGAAUCAUUACUGGUUCAACAAUGCAAGUGUUCUCUGUAAGACUUCGUGAUCGUGGCCCCGAUUACCGGGGAUUUGUACAGUUACCUUUUGUUCAAGACAUUGAAGGCAACCCAGCCUCUGAAGUCAAUCCAAGUAUGUUGUUAGAAGCGUCCCGUUGCUAUGUUGACAGUUGUUGUCGGAACACACAGUACACUGCGGACCAAACAUGUACACAUAUCAAAGCUGCAAUAGAAUGUGAUGAAGAGGCUGUCCCACUUAUUUUAAAAAAUUCUGCCUUGAAUUCUCUUCAGGUAACAAAUGAGACCAAACAAGAAAUAUGGGUUAUGGCUACUGAGAUUACUGGACCUCUUGUCCAGCGUGUCACCAAAAAUAUAAUGGUGGUUAAAUGCAAAGUGAAUCGUAAACAACCAUUGGGAUUUUUACAUUUUGCAUUUUUUGAAACUAGCCGGAACCGAACUCAACCAGAACAUAAAUUCCAGUGCAGUUGUAAAGCUUUCAAAAAUUACAAAAUUGGUUUGGCAAAAGAUGACAGUCCCAAAAGAUGUGUACACUUUUAUGCUUGCAUCUGUGCAUUUGCCAGUGAUGAUAAACUUGCUGAAGAGUUUGCAUAUUACAUAAAUAUAGAUUCUACAAGUGAGUCUCCUGCAGCAGAUAAUUUGAUCACAAUUUACCAACCAUCAACUGAGAACAGUAUUACACCAAGUGAUACCACCACAUUAGAAGUAGUUGUCACUGGGGAACAUUUAUUAGGGCCGGCAGCUAAAAAGCUACGCAAGGAUGACAUGCUUGUUCAAGCAAGUAGCGCAUUGUUAACAUUACAAGAUGGAGGAAUUGAGACUCGCAAGUCCAGUCCAGUCAAACAAACGACACCCAUUCAACAACCAACAAAAUCAAGUACACCACCAAAAAAGUCAGGAAAAUUAAUUGUUACAGUUCCACUUGAUGAAAAUUCUGUAGCUGUGACAUUCCAUCAAUGGUUAGGUAGUGUGACAGAGAGAAUUAACCAAACAAUGCAUUAUCAGUUUGAAGGCAGCCCUGAACCAUUAGUAUUCCAUGCACCUCAGGCAUUCUUUGAUUGUUUACAGCAAAGAAUCUCUUCUGGAAACAAGAAAAAGCGUUUACCAAACUAUACAACAGGCUUUGUCCGCAAGGAUGCUCUUCCUCUCGGAAUGUUUACUAAAUAUACGUGGCACAUCACCAAUAUUUUACAAGUGAAACAAAUAUUUGACACGUCAGACAUGCCAUUAGAAAUUACUCGGAACUUUGUUGAAAAUCGUGACGGGACAUAUGAUUUAUAUGAAGUCCCCAAAGUACAAGUUGAAAGCAUUGAUGACACUUAUAAAAGCAAACAUCAAACACCAAUCCGGCCAUUUGAGUUGAAAACUUUUUUAAAAGUUGGUAACACUAGUGUGGACCAGAAAGAUCCUACUCCUUUUAUCAUUGAAUGGAUUCCUGACAUUCUACCAAAAUCUCACAUUGGAGAAUUACGAAUAAAAUUUGAAUACGGACAUCAAAGAAAUGGCCAUGUAGAGCACAGGUUGAUAGCCGCAACUUCACCUGAGAUUCCAGUACAGACUAUACAUGUUCAAGAAAUUCCUUGAAAACCCAUAUUUUAGCUUGGUAAAUUCUAUCUACCUCAGCUGUUGCUCCAAGAGUGUCAAUCAAGGAAUCAGAGUAAUUCAACUACUUUGAAAGAUAUUUAUUUUGGUAUCUAGGCAUCAUCUUUUAUACAAAUGGCUGGAAUAUGCAUUCCUUUUCAAUGACUUUUGAGGAGAGCUGUCAGAUAAUUGUGAUGUUGAUGACUGCCCACUGCAGGCAGCAGCUGCAUAUCACCCUGUGGGUGGGUGUGUGUGUGUGUGUGUG